AAGAGAGACCUGGGGCUGUGCCUGCUCAGGAGAAAGCCAGGCUCCAGAAGCAACAUGUCUCAGCUGGAAACUGCAAUGGGAAUGAUCAUUGCUGUCUUUGACCAGUAUGCAAGGUCUGAUGGCAACAGGCAAGCCCUCAGCAAAGCAGAACUAAAGACUCUGCUGGAAAAGGAGCUCCCAAAUUUCCUCGCGACUGGGAAGGACAGGAAUGCUAUUGAUAAAGUCUUCAAGAACCUGGAUGAAAAUGGAGAUUCCCAAGUGGACUUCAAAGAAUUUGUCAUCUUUGUGGCAGCUCUGACUGGCUGCUGUCACAAAUAUUUUGAGCAGAAUGCAGCCAAAUAGCUGUCAAACUACUCACAAAAGCUGUCUUUGCAUGUGCUCCAUAUGCCAGUGAUAUGGAUCCCUUCACUCCUUCCAUGUACUGCUGUGAAGUUUUCAAGCAUGUUGGACUGUAAAAAUAAACCCUACUGAGCUUAUUCCCUAUCCUGAAUGCUAAUUUCCUCUCAUUUGUGGAACAGCCUGGGUUUAAUGACUCCUACUAACUCACACUGAGUUAUUUUAAUUUUAAUGCCUUUCUCUGGCAUUAAAAUUCUUUUCUUAGCCAAAAGGUUCAAUGCUCAUACCAAUGCAGAAGCUGCACAAGAAGAAGGGCUGCUGGAGCCAUGAAUCAGCUGGAGGCUGUUUUAUACACCAGCAUCUCUGGGAGGCAUCCCAAAUCCACACGUGUGCCAGCACAGCUGUACAGGACAGGCUCACUGGCCCUGCCUUUGAGCCUGUUUGGUACCCUCAGCUGUGUGGUUGUUGCAGGGCUGCCUUGUAGAUUCUUUCUUGGUUAAAACAACAAAACAACCCCAAACACCUUUUCUGGGGUUUUUUUCAGCAUGGAGGAUUCUGUGCAGAUUUGUGUGCUAGUGAGCCAUCUCACCCAGAUCACAUACAUUUAUUUUCUCUGACACC